AUGGAGCCGCUGCCGCCGCGGAGCUUCUCCGAGCAGCAGUUCCAGGCCGCAUGCCGGGAGCUGGACCAGCCGGCGCCGGGGCGGCCCUGGCAGCUCCUGGUGGAGAGCAUGGGAGUGCGGAUUUACCGGCUGUACGACGAGCAAUCAGGACUUUAUGAGUAUAAAAUCUUUGGUGGUCUUGCUGACUGCCCCCCAGAGCUGUGUGUGGAUGUCUAUAUGGACCUAGAUUUCAGAAAGCAAUGGGAUCAGUAUGUUAAAGAACUGUACGAGAAAACAUACGAUGGAGAAAAAGUAAUCUACUGGGAGGUGAAGUUUCCCUUCCCUCUCUCCAACAGAGAUUACGUCUAUAUUCGUGAGUGCCGGGAGAUGGCUGUGGAUGGGCGGAAGAUCUGGGUGGUGUUAGCUCAGAGUGUGUCUGUUCCUCAGUGCCCUGCAAAGCCUGGCAUCAUCAGAGUGAGCAGCUAUAAACAAAGCCUGGUGAUUGAAAGUGAUGGCAAGGCUGGCUCUAAAGUGUAUAUGUACUACUUUGAUAAUCCGGGUGGGAUGAUUCCAUCAUGGCUGGUCAACUGGGCUGCUAAGAGUGGUGUGCCUGCUUUCCUGAAGGAUGUCCAGAAAGCUUGCCAUAGUUACCCCAAGAGCACAUAG